AUGCGCGAGCCCUACCUCACCACUAUCGCCAAGGUCUUUCGUCCACAACCCUUACUCAACCUGUCGGAGUGCCACCCGUGCGCCACCAAGCUGCCCAAGGUUGACAGGGUUGGCGACCGGCGGAGGUACUUUGAGUUGGCUGACGUUUGCACAAAGGGCGACUCCGACCGCCUCCACCAGCUGCUCCUGCAGACGCGAGGAGGUGUCCCUCAGACGCACGACCCGACGCCGCUCGUCCUGGCGGUAAUCUAUGAGCACGACGCCUGCGCGCUGCUGCUGAUUGCGUGGGGCUCCUGCCUGAACGUGCGCUGCGGCCCCGAUCUCGAGACGGCGCUGCACGUGAGCUGCGCUCGCGGCAACGUCGAGAUUACCAAGGCCCUGCUCGAAGCGAACGCGGACCACCGCGCGGUCGACGCGCAUGGCCGCUCGCCCCUCCUCAUCGCCUGCCUCACCGACCAGCCUGCGUGCGCCUCGCUCCUGCUCGAGUCGGACACCGGCGUCGUUGUGAUGCCCUCCGAGGCGGAGCGCCUUGCGCGCGAGUCGGGCAACAAGGAGCUCCACCUGUGGAUCAAGUCGUCGUACCGCUACUCGGCAGCCCGCGGCCCGCACCAGCCUCCUCCUCCUCCCCACCCGCCCCACGCCCUCCUCCGCCUCCUCACCCCUCCCGUCGGCUGCCCUGCUGCAGGCCCUGCACCACGCGCGAGGCAGCGCGAGCACGCCGUGCAGCUCUAUCUGAUUGGCUACCAGCUGGCGGCCAAGACGUCCGGCUCGCAGCAGGGAGGCUUCGUCGACGCGUGGCUCGACUGCGUCAUGCCGCUCGCCGUGAGCUGGUCGAGCUGCCAGGCGUGCGCGCCGGCACCCGACGGCGGCGAGCCGCGCCUCAAGCCCCCCUCGUCAACGCGGCGCUGCACGUCGCCCCUCGACCGCCGCCACUCGCGCGGGUCUCGCCGGCUGCACCGCGCCCGCCGCGAGGGAGCGCAGUGA